GAGGAUGAUGUCGUUGAUCAUCCGCAGCCAGAUUGAAUUUGUUCAUCUUCCAGGUGGUCGUUUCAACAAGUUGGCAAUCUUGCAAACAGGUUAAACCAUGUCGGACUACAACACUUCGUCGGCCUUGGUCAGCCUGCCUCUAGACAUCCUCGUGCUCAUAUUCCCAUACCUGGACGCCCAAAGCUUCCUCUCCCUGUGCGGCACCUGCAAAACCUUCCAGCAGCCCGCGAUCCGCCUAGAUCCCACCUACUGGAGCGCCAUCACCCGCAGCACCUUUCGGGUGCCCAACCAGCCCAUCGUCCAGCACGAUGGCCUGCGCUGGCAGCGAAUGUAUCGCCGCCUCCUCAGAGACACGCGCGCGUUCACCUGGGGUGAUGGCACCUACGGCAGACUGGGUCGCAAUUGCUCCGGCAUCCGAGAUGUAAAGGAGAUGGAUGGCGUGCGGGACUUGGGAAUAAUUUCCGACAUGCAAUGCGGCGGCUGGUCGACCACCCUUUUGACGUACACCGGCGAGCUGCACACCGCCGGGGUCCUGGAUGGCCAGAGUCGUAUGGCUAUAGACUAUGCAACUGGAGAACAGGGACGCGCUCGAGAACAGGCCACGAGACUCGAGUUUCCAGGUUCCCUGGGCAAAAGACUUGACGAUCCGUGGUUCACCAUCCGUCAAUUUUCGUCGGGAAGAAAGCACAUCCUGGGUCUCUCAGACACGGGUCGCAUCUGGUGUUGGGACGAUGUCGCCAAGCCUGCUAGGCACAUCUUGCUGUCUGGCGUCGAUGUUACAGAGUCUGACACGCCUCAAGCGUCCGGUGGGCGCCGGGGACGUGUGAAGCGAGUAGUCGCAGGCUGGAGUCGAAGUUCUGCUUAUGUUCAGGGUUAUGGUAUCAUCGUUUGGAGAGUCCCGUAUCGUAUCAUGGGUGCGGGGGAUGGAGAAGGUGGUGAAGAUCCUAUUGACAAUAGCAUUGUCAUUCCCAGGACCAAUUACCAGCAUGGAACGGACUCCGCCGAGCAGUCGCCAACGGACCAUGCAGUGGGUCAAGAAGUGGGAGUGGUUUGCAAUCACAUCCUACUGGCCGACUUUGUAGUUUUUGUCACAGACCUAGGCAAGGUCUUUUGUGCCAGGAUUGACGACGAUAACCAGGUCGAGGAAAUUGUCGAACUCCGCGCUUUGCGCAGCAAAGACUCUGUCAUGGACAUCCAAGGCUCUCAUGUGCGCUUUGGAGUUUUGAAGCGCGACGGCGUUGUCAUAGCCAACCAGGACUACCUCGACGCCUGCUGGAACGCCCGCCGAACGAAUCCCGACCAGACGGGGAUCUCGGGGCUGCUGAUGAUCCCGGCCCUCCAGAAAGGCGACGUUAUAUCUGUAGCCUUUGGGGACUACCAUUUCCUGGCGCUGCACGCCAACGGGCGAGUCACUUCGUACGGCAAGGAGCCACGGCACUGCGGUGCCCUUGGCUUCGGCGUGGGCGGUACCUUGCGCGGUCUUUCUAUAGAAAACAUAUUCUUUGAUGCCAAACUUGUGCCACACGCCUACACCAACGGCCGACGUGUCACCUUUGGACGAGACAUGCUGGGGUGGGUGGCGAGGAUGAGUAUGGGUGGACCACGGGACCCCGACGACGCGAGGAGUCGUUAUGCGAGCCUCGCCAACAAUGACGUGACUGUCAUUGGAGAGGUCAGCGAGUGGAUAGAGCAGCAGCUGCAAGUGUGGGAGGAGCUACCGGGCCAAACCGGCGCGGACGGGCUUGGGAGGUACUUUGCGCUAGGGGUCUGCGCUGCGGGGUGGCAUUCGGGGGCGCUGCUUCUUGUGAAUGAGGAUCUGGACGACCGAGUCCCUGAGACGUACAAGCACAUGAGGCUUCCUCGACUUCGACUCAGCGACGGCACGGAACAGGAGGGAUCAAAGGAGUUUGACGAGUGGCCCUUUGGACGCCCAGAGUGGGACCUGAGCAUUCAGCUGUGAUGCCGUACGGGGUAUUUGCUUUAGAUUUGUAUCUUUUUGAUUGUGGCUUUGUAUUUCUUCAUCCACCCGGAUCUCACUCUAAUGGUGUCAAAGAUCCAAUUCCAAAAACACUGCAGAAUUAUUGUUCAAGAAGGCCGUGUUCGUGACGAUUGAAAGUGUCUAAAAGUCUUUACACUGUUGGUUGUGUGUUGUGAACUUGUGCCCAGUGUAAUAUUACCACCCGCGUUUCGGUCUGUCCGUGAGGUAGAUAUAAUUAAUUAGAUUUUGAC